CUACCAUGCUGGUACACUGAGAAAUGCCACCAGUGACGAAGUUUAUAAAUGCAUAUUUCUGCAAUUUAUUAAUUUUGUUGUUCCCAUUUAUAUUUUUUCCUAAUUUAAUAACUGGAGAGAAAACAAUGCAGGCCGUUAUACAUGAAGCUGGCGGAGCAGAAGGCCUGAGAGUUGAAAAUGUUCCAAAACCAAGUGUUCAAGAUGGACACAUUUUAAUUAGAAUUCAUUAUUUUUCGAUAAACAGAGCCGAUAUACUACAAAGGAAAGGUUUAUAUCCACCUCCAAAAGGGGAGUCAGACAUUUUGGGUUUAGAAGCAGCUGGAGUUAUUGAUGAUAUUAGUCCAAAAUGCAGUAAGAAUUGGAGGAAAGGAGAAAGAGUUAUGGCCCUUCUUGGAAGUGGUGGUUAUGCAGAAUUUGUUUCUGUGAAUGAAGCAUUAGUUAUGCCAGUUCCAGCAAACCUUCCCCUCUCUGAUGCAGCUGCAAUUCCAGAAGUGUGGCUCACUGCAUACCAGCUCUUACAUCUGUUAGCUGAUGUCAAGUCAGGUGAACAUGUAUUAGUGCAUGCUGCUGGAAGUGGAGUAGGAACAGCAGCAAUACAGCUGAGUAAAUUUGCAGGGGCUCAUGCAUUGGCCACCGCAGGGUCACAGAAAAAGUUGGAUGUAGCUGAAAAAAUUGGGGCAGAGCAAACAGCCAACUACAAAAGUGAGGAUUUCUCAGAAAUGGUGCUUAAAAAAACAAAUGGUGCCGGAGUUGAGGUUAUUUUGGAUUGCAUUGGAAGCUCGUUUGUUGAUAAAAAUCUUGCCAGUAUUGCAAUCGAUGGACGAUGGAUAUUGUACGGAUUACUUGGAGGUGCAAAUGUUGAAGGACGAUUUCUGGCCAGUUUGCUUCGGAAACGAGUGUCAUUAAUCGCAACCACAUUGAGAAGUAGAUCGCUUGAGUACAAGAAGCAGUUGGUAGAAGCUUUCAGUAAGCAUGCCUUGCCUGGUUUUGAGAAGGGAACGCUUAAACCAAUAGUAGACAAAAUUUUCAAAAUUACGGACAUCCAACAAGCUCAUAUGAUGAUGGAAAGCAAUAUGAACAUUGGGAAAAUUGUUGUUGAAGUAAGAGAAGAAAAUGCUAAGGAAGAACUUUAAAUUAUUUUACUGAAACUUUUUUAAAAUUAUUAGAUUACUUAAAACGAUUUUGCCGUUGCUGUUAACGAUUGUUAUCACAAAUUAUAUUCAUUUGAGCAGCCUGGCAGCGACUUCAAACAACAAACGCGUCAAAUGUGGUAUAACAACUGCCUAAAAUAGACAAAAACACUUAGACUCGACAUUUCGACAUAAAAUGACCUUCGUGGCUCGUACCGAGGGCCUUCGUUCGACCUAUGGGCCUUCGUACUAAUUCUCCUGACGAAGGCCCUUAGGUCGAAAAGAAUACCAACAACAUGCAUUUAAUGCGAAUAUAUUCUUUAUUAUUGUAUUACUGUUUUAACUUCCAUCUCCUUUGAGUUUGGCCAAGAAUAACUAUUAACUACUGUAGAAACUUGUCACUUAUUAAACCAGACAAAUUGACAAUGCAAAUCACUUGGUACUUUUU